CGUCUUGAUGUUUUUGAUGCUUAUUAUAAGAUCUCCCACAGAUGGGUAGUUUGCCAAGGUUCAUCCAUAAAACUUCUUUAAUGCCCAGAGAUUUCCCUAGAUCCUGUCCAGAUCUUGAACAUGGACCAGCCUACUUCACAAAGCUCCAGAGAGCUCACCGAAACCCGCUUCACAUCACCGGCAUCGGCCAUGACGCAACCAUCAGCUACUCCUAUCAUCCUCAACAUAUCGGAAAAGCCACUGCCACCAUCAAACGAUUCGGACAUUGAACAGACCGAUAAGAAGGAAGCCGGCACUGAAGAUGAGGGAAGUACGGCGGCGGACCAAGAGGAAGCCGAGGAGGAGUACAUCGAGGGCGUCAGGCUCAUCCUCGUCUUGGCGGCAUUAACACUCACUGUGUUUCUCAUGAUGCUGGACAUGUCUAUCAUCACUACGGCCGUACCGGAGAUUACAACAGCGUUCAACUCCCUCUCUGACGUGGGAUGGUAUGGCGCAGCGUACAGUCUCUGCGGUGCCGCUUUGCAGCCCUUGGCUGGCAAGCUUUACACGCACCGCCACUCGAAAGAAAUCUUCCUUGCCUUCCUCUUCGUGUUCGAGGCCGGAUCACUCAUCUGCGCCCUGUCUAAUUCAUCAACACUGUUCAUCAUCGGACGGGCUGUCUCCGGCAUGGGGUCCGGUGGACUUUUCAACGGCUCGCUGACGAUUAUUGGCGCAACGGUUCCGUUGGAAAGGAGACCAUUGAUCAUCGGGAUCAUGAUUGGUAUUUCGAACAUUGGAAUUGUCGCUGGACCUCUAGUGGGAGGAGCCCUGACGCAGUAUACGACUUGGCGUUGGUGUUUCUACAUCAACCUUCCCAUUGGUGCUGUUACUGCAGCUAUGCUCUUCCUGAUCCACAUCCCAUCAAAGAUCACCAAGCCCGUCACCCUUCUCCAAAUCCCCCGACACCUCGACCUUCCCGGGUUCACGCUCUUCGCUCCCGCGGCCAUCAUGUUCCUUCUCGCUCUACAAUUCGGCGGCAAUGACUAUAGCUGGGACUCAUCGGUAGUCAUCGGCUUAUUCGUUGGCGCCGCUGCGACCGCUGGACUCUUCGUCUAUUGGGAGUACAGGGAGGGCGACGACAAAGCCAUGAUCCCGUUGGGAUUGUUCAAGAACAGAAUUGUCUUGACGAGCAGUCUCGUGGGGGCCUUGAACAUGAGCAUUACGCAGGUCUCAAGCUACUACAUCCCAAUGUACUUCCAGAGCGUCAAGGGUGAGACGCCGUUCAAGGGUGGUGUUCACUUCUUGCCGACCAUCAUUGCCCAGCUGGUCUUUGCUGUGGCGUCUGGGGCUUUGGUUGGAAGAUUGGGAUACUACCUCCCCUGGGCCGUUUUUGGAUCCGUUCUAUCGGCGAUUGGCAACGGUCUCAUGUCUACUUGGGACCCGUCUACGGAUUCUGCAAAGUGGAUCGGGUAUCAAGUUCUCCUCGGUGCGGGUCGCGGUGCCUGUAUGCAAAUGCACAUCAUCGCCGUCCAAGCCAACAUCCCACCUGCAACCCUAUCCGUAUCGAUGGCCAUGCUCGUCUUCAUGCAGACCUUUGGCGGUGCCAUUUUCUUGACAGCAGGCGAAGUCAUCUUUAGCGAAGGCUUGGGCAAAAACUUGGCAAAGUACGCCCCAGCCGUAGACGCAAAGACGAUUUUGGCUGCGGGCGGCACGGGGUUCAGGAAGGUUGUACCGGAGAGAGAUUUGCCUGGGGUGUUGGUGGCGUAUUCGAAGAGUAUCGGCGAGGUAUUUUACCUCAUGGUCGGAAUUGGCGGUCUCGCGUUUGUGCUCUCGUGGGGUAUGGGCUGGGUUGAUAUCCGCAAGAAGAAGGGAGAGAAGAAAGGGGACGUGUGAAUGGCCCUAGCAAUGGAAACGAGACUAAGCGCUGGAAGGAAUGACGACAUGUAGAGAUUGUUAUGAUAUACCCAACUCAUAUCUAAUAAGCAGUGUUACAUAGAUAAUCAGAUGAUUAUUGGAAUCCCAC